AGGGAGGGCUCAGCAUCAAUAAAUAGCAGCCAGCGGUCCCCAGCAGGCAGGGACCAGCAGCUCGGUUCCAUCAGAGACCAGCACCAUGAAGCUUUUCACCGGCCUCGUGUUCUGCUCCUUGGUCCUGGGAGUCAGCAGCCAGGGCUGGUUUGAAUUCCUUGGCCAGGCUUAUGACGGAGCCAAAGACAUGUGGAGAGCCUACUCUGACAUGAGAGAAGCCAAUUACAAAAACUCAGACAAGUACUUCCACGCCCGGGGGAACUAUGACGCUGCCCAAAGGGGACCUGGCGGUGUCUGGGCUGCUGAAGUGAUCAGCACCAUGAAGCUUUUCACCAGCCUCGUGUUCUGUUCCUUGGCCUUGGGAGUCAGCAGCCAGGGCUGGUUUGACUUCAUUGGCCAGGCUUAUGACGGAGCCAAAGACAUGGGGAAAGCCUACUCUGACAUGAGAGAAGCCAAUUACAAAAACUCAGACAAAUACUUCCACGCCCGGGGGAACUAUGAUGCUGCCCAAAGGGGACCUGGCGGUGCCUGGGCUGCUGAAAAGAUCAGUGAUUUCAGAGAGACUUAUCCGAGACUCACUGACUUUGUUAAGCAUGGAGACAGCGGCCACGGAUUGGAGGACUCACUGGCCGACCAGGAAGCCAACAAAUGGGGCCGGAGUGGCCAAGACCCCAAUCGCUACAGACCUCCCGGCCUGCCUGACAAGUACUGAGCUCCUUCUCUCUGCUCUCAGGAGACGGGGCUGUGAGCCCCCUAAGG